GCCGAGCCAGAGAAAUCACGAAUAUCAAAACCAAAUACCAAUGACCAUUGACCAAUGACAAUCAGUCGCGCCGAGCGCUUCGUGGAAGGUGGUUGUGUAUUAUGUUAUGACAAAAGCGCACACGAUCCUUUGUUUAUUUUUCGUUUGUGUUUAGUGGAUAAUUAUAAUGUUUGAUAACGACAAUCUUAGUGAUAAUAAGAACGUGGCGUGCAGCUAACGUACAAAUGGAGUGGUUAAAGCGGUUAUUCGGUCGCGAUGUACGCGAGGGGAACAAUCGGGAUUUGCCAGAGGAUGGUCUGGAGACUGCGCAGGAGCGGCGGCGGCGGUGGCGCAGCGUAUACGUCAUCUACUUCACCAUGUUCCAGAUGUCCCUCGGCUUCAGUAUAGUGCUGACUGGCGUCUGGCCCUACCUUGAUAUGUUGCAGCCGGGAACAAAAAAAGACAUGCUGGGUGUAGCAGUGGGUGCGAGCCCGCUCGGCCAGUUGAUGUUAUCUCCACUACUGGGCUUGUGGGCCAACCGCGCAGGAGUGCGCGCGCCGCUCUCUGCAACACUAGGUCUCUUCGCCCUGGCAUCUGCCCUUUACUCGCAGCUGCACCUCACCAGGCCUUACGCGGUGUCCUGCAUGAUCGCCGCCAGAUUCCUAAUCGGUGUCAGCUCUUCCAAUGUGGCGGUAGCGCGUGCAUACUUAUCCGCAGCGACUCGUGAGGAGGAGCGCACACGUGCGGUGUCGGCGGUGUCACUAGCGCAAGUGCUGGGGUUCGUUGCCGGGCCAGCACUGCAGGCGGCUGCCGCGCCACUCGGCACCUCCGAUAGUUCCGGCCUGCGUUUCGACAUGUAUAGCGCUCCAGGUCUACUCAACGCGGCGCUUGGUCUUAUCAAUCUAUUGCUACUGAUGCCCGGCUGCUUCCAUGUCAGUGAUAUAGCGCUGCGUGAAGCUGUACAGGCUAGAGGGGAACGAUCAGAGAAAGAAGUGUUGAAAUCUCUAAAGCCGGACUACGUGAGCAGCUGGAUGUUGGUGGGCGCGUUCUUCGUGCUGGUGUUUAACUUCGUGCUGCUGGAGACGCUGGCCAGCACCCUCACUAUGGAGCAGUUCGGGUGGGGCAAGGCGCAGGCGCUGCAGUACCUGGGCGCGCUGAUGUCGGCCGGCGCGCUCGUCGCCUGCCUCGUCUUCGCCGCCAUACCGCCGCUCACCAAACUCCUGGAGGAACGCGCGCUGAUGCUGUGGGGCGGAUUCCUGCCCGUGGUGGUCGCCUCGCUGCUGUGCAUCCCCUGGGGGCCAGGCGCUCCGCCCCUCGCAGACCCCGGCAACGCGGAGGCCCACGGCGGCUGCCCACAGGAGUCGCAGCCGUGGUGCGCGGAGUCUCGCGCGCUGUCGCUGGCGCAGUUCCUGCUGGCGUACGGCUGCAUGUCAGUGGGCUACCCGCUCGGCGUCACCCUCAUACAGACCAUCUUCUCCAAGGUGCUCGGACCACGCCCGCAGGGUGUAUGGAUGGGGGUGCUGACGGGCGCGGGGUGCCUGUCGCGGGCGCUGGGCCCCGUGUUCGUGGCGGGGGUGUACGCGCGGCGCGGGCCCGCCGCCGCCUUCUCCGCCACCGCCGCCCUCACGCUGCUGGCGCUGCUCGCCCUGCGCGCCGUCUACCCCCGUCUGCGCGCCGCACCCCCCACACACCCCACACACCCCCCGCCCCCUGCAGAGCUGCAGCCCCUUGCUAGCAAACACCACGCGGAACCCUGAACUUAAGUAUUAUCAAUUGAAUGAUGAUUCUAUAAGACUAAAUGUUAUGUGCUGUUUAUAUUAUUCCAGUCCAGCGAUCGAUUCCAGCGCUAGAUAUAAAUAUCCAACACAAUGUAUUCCAGUGUGGUUUUACAUUUAUGACUGGUUCACACUUGGCCACUUUGUUAAUGUGAGUUAACUGGUCUGACCAAGUGUGUACCAGGCAUAAAAUCCUCCGCUGAAUUCGAUCACUGACACGGAAUAAUGUAAACUAAGCAUAAAACCGAUUUAAAAAUCGAGAUAUCGAAGAAUAAUCUGAUCUAAAUAAAGAAAUCUUUUUUGGGAUAAAUUUUUUUUUGUAUUGUUUGUUUGAAAAUAUUGUAUGUUUUUUUUUCAUACAUUUUAUUUGUGAACUAUGAAAUUGAUGAAAUAUGGAUUUUAUAAAACAAAAUCAAUUUAUUAACCGUAUUUGUGAAUAUGCCAUUUUUAACAUAAGCACUGCCAACAAGGCAGCAUUUUAUUCGAUGGCUCCUACGCGACUAUCGUAACUCACAAUUUUGAGAUUUACACCGUGUACAUAAUUUAAUUAACUCGAUAAAUACUAAUUUCUGUGUUUUAAAAGACAUGGUUAAAGAAGGAAUGUAGAUUUUUGUAGCCUAUUUUCCAUGUUUGAUACAUCGUAAUUAAAUCUUAAGUCUUGUUUUGAAAAUUUGCGUUUCAAACUUACGAUAGUUUACGUAGGAGCCAUCGAUUUGUAAAUAAUAUGGAACGUUUAAGACUGACUUUUGCUCCAUAUAACAUAUUUCUUUUAUUGUGCUUUGUAUAUACGAGUAUAUAUUUUUAAUAAAUUAGUAUUACCAGUAAAAAUACUUGUAAAUACGCCUUUUUUGACUUAUCAAGUUUUGUAUUUUAUGUAAAGUAAAAUUACGUAUUUUUGCCAUAUAAAUAGAACACAUAAUGUUGUAAGUGUUGUCUUCCAUUGCCGAAACAUACGUAAAAAAUGUACAAUCGGGUAAUUUGGCGGUGUUCCCACUUAAAACAAAUAAUCGUUGAAACGUUAUGUACUAUGAGACGAUACGAAAAAAUAACAAAUGUCUUUAAAUGUUUUUGUUUAUAUAAAGGUUUAUUAUUAUCCCGUCAUUGCAGUUUAUUGUCACCUAAUUGGUUAUAUGUGAGACUAGGCGGAGUUUCUUGCAAGAGACAAGGCGAUUUUUCUUUAAUCGGAACACCGCGAAUGGCCUUGACUGUACAUGUUAUUUGAAUGAAAUUAAACAGACAAUUCUAUUUUAGUACAAAUGUUUCGACAGUCAAAACUCGCGGGAACAAAUAAUUAUAGAAAACAAAGUUAAUUUUGUGCCUUUCUUACAGGGUUUUGGAUUUAGCAUAAUAUAUUUUGUUACUAACUAGUUUAUGUGUGAUAAGUAUUUAGAAAUAAACGUUUUUCAUAAGAU